AUGAAGCACCACACCCCUCCCCCUCCCACCGUCCCCGCCGCCAUCAAGAGCGCAGACGAAGCCAAGGCCAGCGGACUCCAGGAUGGAGGUAAGCCAUAUUCGGAAUUCACCGAGUCUGACGCCCACACAGUCGAGGUCGCGACCUUUGCUUCUGGAUGCUUCCACCUCUUCAACAAGUACUACGGCAAUCUCCCGGGCUGGAAGGCCGAGGUUGGCUACACCGGCGGCGACGUCGAUGACCCUUGUGAGCAGGUCUGCACGGGCAGGACAAACCACGCCGAGGGUGUUCGCCUGCAGUACCAGAAGGGAGCUGUCGGAUACGGCGAGCUCGUUGAGUUCUUCUACCGCACGCACGACCCGACCACUCUGAACUCGCAGGGUCCCGACUUCGGAAGCCAGUACCGAUCGGCUAUCUUCUACGACGGCGCUGAGCAGGAGAAGAUCGCCAAGGAGGUCACGCAGCAGGUCCAGGAGAAGUAG